AAUCGCGACCUUUGUGCUAAUGUGGUUGUUGCGCAGGAAAGGGUUGGCAUUUUCGAUAAAACACAGUGGGAACGAACAAGGUUCGCCUAUGAAGCUGCAAUGAACAACAAAAGGACUUGUGAACCCGAGAUCGAGAUGAGAGGUGAUUCCAUAUUGAGAGACACACCUAUGAUGGGUGAAGCGAGGCAGUCCAUAGCGGUCAGAGGUGACUAUCUCAACGAAAAGCCCAAGUUCACCAUUGUACUACUGGUGAUAGAACUAAUUUGGUGCACGGCUUCUGUAUGUGUUUGGGCUGGUGCUGCCGAUAAUCCUAUGGUGCCGACAGUAAUCGCUAUUUUUAACGGUCUUAUAGUGUUUGUGCUUAUACUAGGAUGCCUUAGUGUAGAGUUCUUUCGAUUACAAGUGCGAAGAGAAGACAACCGAUCGGAAACGAGAUUUUUCGUGCCCUACUCGUGGAGAUACAUGAUAUGCGAGGCUCAUAUAUUACGAGCCUGUCUACUGUGUGCAAAUAUCACCAUCAUGGCAUUCGAUGAUGAUUUCGAUUUAUACUCCGUCGUUGUACUCGCUGCUACUCCUGUACAUCUUAUAAUAGUCGUUAUACACAUCUUCAUUGCUAUUAAGCCUAAACGUGAAUAA